GCAAAGCCAGUAUAAAUUUAAAGUGAUACAUACUUAAUUAUAUUUCCGUCACAGUUUAUCCAGCAAUCGGACGUUUGUUAAACUCAGAUAUUAUAUUUUUAGUUCGCAAGUGAAAUUUUGAAACUUUUCGAUGAACUCUUUGCUAAUUUAAAACAAAAAACUAACCGUUUUGAAAAAAUAUUUCAAUAUGUUGUGGCAGUUGUUUUUAAUAUGCUUACUGAUAUGGAUCCUGGUUGUGCGAUGGCAAAACAGGGGCAAAAGGGAGGUGGCCAAGUAUUUGAAAAAUAAUAUAGGUAAUUUACCAUUUCUGGGAAUCGGCCAUAAAUUUAUCGGCAGUGAUGAAGAUCGUAUGACAACUUUUAGAGCAAUCGCCGCAGAAAGUAACAGAAAUGAUGGAAUCACUUCGUUUUGGUUGGGAAAUCAUCUUUUCGUCACUAUAACCGACCCAGUGGAAGCUGAAGCAGUAUUGAAGAAUUGCUUGGAGAAAGACAGCAUCCUCCGCUUCGUCAAAGCUCUCAUUGGAAACGGCAGUAUAUUCGCACCGGUUUCGAUAUGGCGACCUCGACGCAAGGUCCUGGCACCAACCUUCGGGCUGCGGAACUUGAACCAGUUUGUGAACGUCUUCUCGGAGCAGAGCAACAUCAUGGCAGAUCGGCUGGCCGAGGCGAGUGACAAGGGGACCUUCUCGAUCUGGAAAUAUAUGACGUCCUACACAAUGGACUCCGUCGGCGAAACAACAAUGGGUACCAAAUUGGGCAUACAAAAGCAGGACAACCACCCAUUCUUGGUGAAAUUUGAAAGGUUAGCCGAAUUGGUGGUAGCGCGCACCCUGAUGCCAUGGCUCCACACAGACUUCAUAUACAAGUUCACACCAUACUAUAAAAUUUCCAUCGAAAUGAUAAACUACAUGACCAGUUUUGUCAGAAAGAUUAUAAAAGAAAAACGAAAGGCUAUAGAAGACGGCAGCAACAAAAAAGAUGCCAUCGAUGAACAAAAUAAUGGUACCGGCAGACCGGCCACGAAGUGUUUACUCGAGCUGCUCAUCGACUACUCCGGGGGAGACAAAGGCUACACAGACCUGGAGCUGCAGGAGGAGACAAUGGUGAUGCUCUUGGCAGGCACUGACACCACCGCAGUGGGAGCCUCCUUCGUUAUGGUCAUGCUGUCCAAACACCAGGAUGUGCAGGAGAAAGUUUAUCAAGAGGUAUUGGAAGUCAUGGGUGAUGAGGAGAGGCCAGUCUCAGCCGAAGAUCUGCCUCGCUUCAAGUACCUGGACGCAGUGGUGAAGGAAACUCUGCGCUUGUACCCACCAGUGCCCAUCACCGCAAGGGAGACCGACAAAGACUACGUUUUACCUUCUGGCCGAAAGAUCGUGAAAGGAACCGGAGUGAUCAUCCACAUAUGGGGAACACACAGGAACCCGAAGUAUUGGGGACCCGACGUGGAAGUCUUCAGACCUGAGAGAUUUUUUGAUCUCCAACUGGCUCAUCCUGCAGCCUACAUGCCGUUCAGCUACGGGCCUAGGAACUGUCUUGGUUACCAAUACGCCACUAUGUCUAUGAAGACGGCAGUCGCGACAUUGGUCAGGAGGUACAAAGUCCUACCGGCGGAGUACAUCGUCCAAGACGGCGACAAACCUCUCAGGGUCAAGUACGACUUCAUGAUGAAACACGUAGACAAUUUCCAAGUACAACUAGUCCGUAGAAAAUGAAUUAAUUGAAAUCUACCGAUCAAAAGGCGUCCAUUAGACGUUAGAUUUUUCUAUGAAGUUGCUGACACUCAAGGUUAUGACUGAUGAACCUAUUUUCUAAUUGGGUUAAUGAUGGUGAAUGAUGACUUAUUCAGUCAAGAUUGGUGACUUUUUUAUUAUUCAUGACUGAUGGCUGCAUGAGCGUCUAAUGAAUGCCUCAGGGUUCGUACUAGGUGAAAAGCUUUGCAAUUUCAACAGCUAGCAAAUUAAAAUUGUUUUUUAAUAAUAUAAUCACAAUACAUGUUGGUAAUGGGUCUUCUGUAUUUAAGAUUUAGGUUUAGUAAAAAACAAUUAUUUAUUGCUAGAUUACAGCAUUUAUAGUGUCAUUGUAGAAGACACUUAUUUUAAUGUGACCCGCUGUUGGACUUCUUACGGAAUGAAAUUAAUUUAAUUUUGGAAUAAUUUAUUUUUAGAAUAUUCUCAAACUAAGAAAUUAAGAUUGUUAAAAAUAGAUAACCAAUUUGACCAUUGUCUUUGCAUGGUAAUGACUCUUGCUAAUAACCGCAUAAAUUUUAUUUAAAGUCUGUACUGACAAUCAAUUUGAGAUAAAAAAAGGCUAAUUAAAAAAAAAUUAAGGAAAACAAAAAUAUUUUAAAAUUUAAGUAACAAUCACUGUAAGGUCAUUGGUUCAAAAUACUUUAUUAAGUGAAAGGAGAACUAUUAAAAUGUGUGAAAUACUUGGUUUUGUUUUAAAAGCUUCGUAUUGACUUUGUGAUAAUUUAUAGGUGUAAAUAUGUCUAUUGAAUUUUGCAAUUCUAUACUUAUUUUAUCAUUAAGGUAAAUGAGAUUUACUAUUAAGUUAUUAGGGGACUAGGGUCAUUUAUUUUAUUUAUUUAUUUUAAUAAUAUGAUUUUAAGUAUAAUAUAUAGUUAUUCCUAGAUUUUUUCAACCAUUCGUUUUGUACUCUGUGCAGUGCAAAUCAUCAUUGUGAAUAUUUUUUAUUUAUUUAUAUUAUCUUCAUUGUGCAUAAUUUUAGCACUUUUUAUAUAGAUUGCUCAAGUAUCGCAAACAAUUGAAUAAGCUUUUCAAAUGUCAAAGAAAAUAGCUUUACUAAUUACUUACUUUAAUAAAAAAAUGCAUAUAUACCUACAUAUAACUGUCAGUAACGUUUAAUUGUGAUAUUAUUUAAAAAAAACUUAAUAUGGGUACCGUAGAUCUUUGUACAAGUUUAAGAUUUAUCAAUUUUAUCAUUUUUAGUGUGACAGUUCAGUACCCCAAUCACGAAAUUUGUUUUCGUACCGCCAUCGUCAAAGUUUCUGUGGAAACUGAGCAGCGCCCCUACCGGACGUAAGAACAAACUAGCUUAUUCUAUAGAAACUUUGACGAUGGCGAUACGAAUACUUUCUCGCUAGUUGUUCGUGCUUGAGAUAUAGUUCGAAUGUUUGACUUAACUUUGUCCAACAAAGUCAUGUUUUGCAACACGAACUUGUUUCAAUAGCAAAAACUAAACAAAAUAUUUAAAAAAUUGUCAUAUGCCAUUUAAUAUUAAAACAUGUCAAAUUACUAUUUUGUAUUAUGCCACUAAAAUUAAAAUAAGUGAAAUGCCUAGCAUAUAUUCCUACUAUAUAAUAGCUUUGUCGUGAAAGCCUUUAGAAAUUCUUUUCCAAAAGUGCAGACCAAGUGUUUUUUGAUAAAGAAAUCGGUACUGUUAAUGUUAUCAGUACUGUUUUUUUGCUAAAGAAAUCGGUAUUGCUAAUGUUAUCGGUACUGUUUUUUUUAUAAAGAAAUCGGUACUGUUAAUGUUAUCGGUACUAUUUUUUUGAUUCCUUGUAAAAUUACUUAUAAAUUUUAUAUUAGUCAUA